CCCCCCAACAAACCCAGCAGCUGCGCUCUCGCCGCCACCUCGCCGCCGCCGCGGCGACGACGGCGCGCGCGGAGUCGCAGGUCAGGAUGGGGAAGGGGACGAGGUCGUUGCCGGCGAUGCUGACGGAUCGGUACGAGCUGGGGCAGCUGCUCGGCGAGGGCAAGUUCGCGAAGGUGUACCACGGCACGCACAGGGCGACCGGGGAGGAGGUGGCCGUCAAGGUGAUGGAGCAGGAGAAGCUGGCGAAACUCGGCGCCACGGAGCACGUCACGCGCGAGAUCACGGCGAUGCAGCGGCUGCGCCACCCGAACGUGGUCCGCAUCCACGAGGUGAUGGCCACCAGGACGCGGGUCUACGUCGUCAUGGAGUACGCGCGCGGCGGCGAGCUGCUCCGCUACUUCUGCCGCGGGGGGAGCCCCGGCCCCGCGGGCUUCGGCGAGCACGAGGCGCGGCGCCUCUUCCAGCAGCUGGUGUCCGCGCUCGCCUACUGCCACGCGCGCGGGGUGUUCCACCGCGACAUCAAGCCGGACAACCUUCUCCUCGACGAGAAGUGGGACCUCAAGGUCGCCGACUUCGGCCUCUCCGCGCUCCCCGACACGGAGCGCCGGGAGGGCUACCUCCAGACCGUAUGCGGCACGCCGAUGUACAUCGCGCCGGAGGUGUUCUCCCGCCGCGGCUACGACGGCGCCAAGGCCGACGUCUGGGCCUGCGGCGUCGUCCUCUACGUGCUCGUCACCGGCCGCAGGCCCUUCCCGGAUUACAACGUCACCCAGCUCUACCGCAUGAUCAACCAGUUCAAGUUCCAUUGCCCGGCGUCGUUCAGCAUCGACCUCGUCCGCCUCUUCCGCCGCCUCCUCCAUCCGAACCCGGAGCGCCGGAUCAGCAUACCGGAGAUCAUGGAGACGCGGUGGUUCAGGAAGGGGGGGUUCAAGGAGGUCACCUACUACGUCGACAGCAACGACCGCCUCCGCAGCCUCGACAGCGUCGACGACGAGCCGGACCUCUACGACUCCGACGACGACACGUUAUUCGGGUCCUCCUCGUCGUCGUCGCCGCUAUCUUCCACCCCGGUGGCCGGCACGCCUCGUGGCUCCGGCGUCGGCAUUCACACCUCGGUGUCGGCGCCGGCUCUGUCCGAGCUCGGCAGCAUGGUGGACGACAGCAUCAUCCACAACGCCUCCUCCCUCCCGCCCCGGCCGGUCAUGCCGCGGCCCAAGAGCCUGAACGCGUUCGACAUCAUCGCGUCGUCGCCGAGCUUCGACCUGUCCGGGCUGUUCGAGGAGCGCGGCGAGAAGAUGCGCUUCAUCUCCGGAGCACCGGUGCCGGAGAUCAUAGCCAAGCUGAAGGAGAUCGCCGGGAUGGUCAGCUUCACGGCGCGCUCCAAGGACUGCCAGGUGAGCAUCGAGGCGACGCGGAACGGGCAGAAGGGCGCGCUCGCCAUCUCCGCCAAGGUGUUCGAGCUCACGCCGGAGCUCGUCAUGGUCCAGGUGUGCAAGAAGGCCGGCGACACCGUCGAGUACAGCAGGUUCUGCGACAACGAGCUCAAGACCGGCCUUCGCGACCUCGUCGUCGACAGCCAGCCGGUGACGGACAGCGGCGAUGGCAGCUCGGCUGAAGCCGAAUGAGGGAUUAUUUGGCUCUAAAGCAUUGAUCUUUUGGGUGGAAAAAACCUGAGUUGAUCGCAUUAUCUUUAAUUGUUUUUUUAUUUAAUAUUGUUGGUUAGUUUAUUAAUCAGUUUAGGAUUUUGACAGUGAUUGUGGUGGAUCAUGACUGUAUCUUUUCACACACCUUUUGCUAUUGAUCAAACGUUUGAUUUUUUUUCUUGUGUCAAACACGUGCCUAAUGCAUAGGAGACGACGUGUAUGGUCUUUUUGACUUGAGUGCACGCUUUCAGAUUAUUAUC